UUGGAUUUGGAAACUUCGCGACAAGAAGAGUGAAUAGAGUGAAGGAUUAAGAAUUUCAGUGAAGGUUGAGCUUUCAGCUCAACACACUUCAUUCAUUUGUUUGCAAUGGCGCACUCAUCAUCAAACAAUGGCAGAAAUGCCAGCAUUUCACCCAUUCCUUCGCCCCCGUCUACAAGCAACAACGACACUCCGUUAUCAAAUUCAAUGAGACGCCUCUCAAUCAAUAAAGGUUCUAGAACUUCUCUUCCUAUUUCACCGCAAACUGCGUCUGAAAGAACUACAUCGCAUGGUGGUCACUCGAAUCUCUAUCCAUCACCAAACGGUAGAAGUCCUGUUCUCCCUAGCCCCUUACGCCGAAGUGCUAGUUCUGCGAGUUUCGACCAACGUCGCUCAUCUACCUCCAAUCUGUCUCGAAAACCAUCUUUAAAUUCCCUCAGCGGUGGGGGAUCAGCCACAAAUACAAACACACUCAACAGGAGAUCAUCUACACAAUUUGCACAUAGAUCGCCAUCUGUCAUGCGUAGCAGAUCACCCCUCUCCGAAAGGGAGGAAGAUAUGCGCGAAGCUUCUCCACGACAUACUGCAGCAUCUAUCGCAAGUUCCCAUUUCAAGUCGGAAUUGGAUCUACAAGAUAUGAAUAAUGGUUCAAGGUCCGCAGAGACUAUUGUUAUACUUCACGACUCGGUCUACGGACAUCGUUACUCCCGACCUAAAACCUCAAGAACUGGUUUGAGUGUAAUCGUCGAAAGACCUGAACGAAUUCAUGCUAGCAUACUGGGAUUAUCCGUAGCAUAUGUUCGUUUGGGCGAAAGACACUCUGAAGGUCGUUAUCCUCUUCGCCCUGGAAUGGAGGCUACUGAAGUACCUAGCACGCCGUUUCGCAUACGCAAAACUACUCGACUUAUGCCUCUAUCUUCUCAAGCUGUUACAAAUGUACAUGGGGUCAAAUGGAUGGAAGAGUUGAAGAUUAUGUGUGAUAAUGCAGAAGCAAAACUUGCCAUGAACGGAAAAGAAUUGGCCAGACCUGAGAUGAACCGAGGUCCAAAUGAAGAACCUCCUUCAAAAUUCCACGAGGGUGAUCUCUAUUUGUGCUCGGAGUCCUUGAAUGCCAUGGAGGGUGCUUUGGGUGCUGUAUGUGAAGGUGUUGAUGCAGUUUUUGAGGGCUCUUCAACAGGAUUAGGACCACGCCGAACUUUUAUUGCGAUUAGGCCACCGGGGCAUCAUUGUUCAGCUAGUUAUCCUUCUGGAUUCUGUUGGUUAAACAAUGUCCAUGUUGGUAUUUCACAUGCUUCACUAAAUCAUGGUUUGACUCACGCCGCUAUUAUUGAUUUUGAUCUUCAUCAUGGAGAUGGAUCUCAAGCAAUUGCCUGGGAACAUAACGCUCGCGCGAAUGGAUUAGCAAAGAAUGCAUUACCGUGGAAAAAGACUUCGAUUGGAUAUUUCAGUCUUCAUGAUAUUAAUUCAUACCCAUGUGAGAUGGGUGAUGAAGAAAAGGUCAAGAACGCUAGUCUCUGUAUUGAAAACGCACAUGGUCAAAAUAUUUGGAAUGUUCACUUACAACCUUGGAAAAGCGAAGAAGAAUUCUGGGAACUAUAUGAAUCAAAGUAUUCAGUACUUCUCGAGAAGACACGGAACUUUCUACGCACACAACAUGACCGCUUGCAAACAUCCCCUAAUGGGCCCAAACCAAAGGCUGCUAUUUUCUUGUCGGCUGGUUUCGACGCUAGUGAGUGGGAAAGUUCUGGUAUGCAACGUCACAAAGUCAAUGUUCCGACGGAAUUUUAUGCUCGUCUGACACGGGAUGUUGUCAAACUUGCAGCCGAGGAAGGUACAGGGGUAGACGGAAGGAUCAUUAGUGUUCUUGAAGGUGGUUACAGUGAUCGUGCUUUGUGUACUGGGGUUUUGAGUCAUCUUAGUGGCUUAUCAGGAAGUGAUCCUGUAACUCAUGCGGAGAAGGGAUAUAAUGGUCAAAUUUUUGAAGUGGGAGAGAAACUUGGUGUAGACGCAUUGAGCGCUGGACCUGCAACUCCUUACGGGUUCAUGCCAUAUGACCCAUUAUGGUGGUCUUUAGGUCGAUUAGAGCAGCUUGAUGCAGCUAUGAAUAGUGCACCACUCCCUGAGGAACCAAAAAUCCACAAAGCAGCCGGACCUACAGGAAACUUUGCGUCUCCUACACAAUCUUUUAUCGCUAAAGUUGUCAACACCCCUACAGCACAACGCAGUGUAUCAACUAUGGGUAUGAGAAAUAUACCGCCACCACGAGCUUCAGCUCCUAGGCCACCUACUCCACCGCCGCCUGAUGUUCAUUGGACUGUUGCAGCUCACGAAUUGAGCAAAUUGCUUAUUCCAACUGACAGGCAGACGAAGAGUUGUCAAUGGGAAGAUCUAGCAGCUGAAGCAACUAGAGCAAGAAAGGAACGUCAAUCUAUAUUGGAACAAGACGAAGGCGGUCAACAACCUGCAAUUCCAGAACCUACUAAUGCUAGAAUGUCCUUACGAACAAGAAAGCCUGCACCGAGGUUGGUUGAGAGUAUUGAAAAGGAUGAAGUUAAAAAGCCUGCUGCAAAAUCAAAUCGUCGAAAGACCGUUGCUGGCUCGACUGCUUCACUUGUGCACAAAGUAUGUAGUUGCAUUACGCUGUACAGUCUCAAACUAACAGUCAAUAGGCUCCUGAAAUCCAAGGCACGACUCAAGCAUCUGACGCGAAUUAUAGCCAGUCAACGCAACAGUUUGCUAGGCGACUUAGUUCUGUAUCAACCACUGGGGCAGUUCUUCAUCGACCUCAACAAGCUCCUGCUGCUAACAGGACGCCCUCGUUCUCUCAAAGACCUGGUAGUGCAAUGAGUGGACGACCAGGAUCUGCCAUGAGUUCUCGUGCAAAUCCCGUUCCACCCGUGGUCGUGAAGAAAACAAGAGCGCCUGCCAAACCUCGAACUGAUGCCUCAAAACCGGGUCCAGGCCGACCACGCAAGAAGUCUCCCUCAGUGACUAGCUCUGACACUAACACAAAUAAUGCUAUUGAGGCUGGCCCAGCCGCGGAAAGCAGUAACUAUUCUUCUGACGUAGACAGUUUAACUUCCGGUAUGAAGAAAAUCAAGAUUAGUCUCCUCACUAAAGCCCAGAAAGAAGCCAGGGAUGAAGAAAGGCUCAAGGCAAAGAUUGAGCGAAGUCAAGUUGCUGGUACACCAUCCUCAACUAUGUCAAAUGACAAAUCACCUACAAGCGUUGCGUCUGAGACGACCUACAAUCAAUCCGGAACCUCUACGCCAAUGAAGAGCAUCUCACCAGGCCCUUCGACUCCUCAAUUAUGUCUUCCUUCAGAUGUUCCUCUUCAUAUGCAGGAGCCUGAACAAGUUUCUUUGCCAAGCAGUUCUCCUGUGGCUCCUACUGCGGACCCAAAUGAAACCGGAAAUUUUUCAGAUCAUUCCUCGGAAUACAGCGCAGACAAAUUCAUCCCCUUCCAGCCUCAAGGCCCUCUCCUGGAAACAAUGACACAACAAGAGCCACUUCGAUGGCUACCUCCGAAUACCAAUACGCCAGCUGCAGCGAAGAAAUAUGAUCUUCCAGUCUUCACAUCCACCUCCACCAUACCAUUUGGCCCGAACUCUAAGGUCGUUGGCAAUCAGAACGAACCUUCAAACUCACACGUCAAACAAGAUUCUCCUUCCGAACCUACACAAUUAGCUCCCUCGAUCUGGGACAAUUCACUCACACCACGAAACCAAUAAAUUCUUUCUAGGAAAAUCUCCUUUGUAUGCAUAUUAAAUUCAAUCGACGUUGGUAAAGAAACAUCCAUUCCCAUGUUGGUUAUACAAGCCUACAGUCUCCAUUUGUUUAUGAUACCCCUUAGAAGGCAGUUUUAGGGGGAAGUUUGGGGGAGUAGGUCUGUCAGGAUAUUUGUAUGAGUUCAAGGUUUUUCAAGUAGAGAGCAAUUAAUUAUAAU